AGCGAGGUAUCUGCUUGCCCACAAUUUCCUUGUGGAUCCUAUUUAUUUACAUAGAGGCCUCCCUGAGGCUGAAAGACGAGAAGCAUCUCUUCUUUCACGCCGACUUCAGCCGGCCUUUCGCCGCGCAUUGUAUCGGCUACCCAGUGAUAUCGUUGGGCUUCAGUUUUAAGAGUUACGUCGGGCACCGGUUCCGGCUGCGACGGCAGAAGCUUGUGGCGCGUCAGAACGAUCUGAUGGUGCAGCUGCUGCAGGAGGCGCUGCCGCCCGACAUGGCCAUAGAGGAGAGCCCCGACAGGAAAGUGCCGCCGGAGAAGGUGGAAGAGGCCAUCUCAAACGGCGUGCCGCACGACUCGUCGCCAAAGUCAAAUAAGAAGUCGUCCGAGGAGGCGCGAAGCCCCAAGUGCAAACUGCACAACGGCUCGCUUAACGGCGACCUGGAGUUUAUGGAGCAGCGAAGGGGGUCCAUAAACGAGUUCGACGAGUCGGAAGACAAGGAGAAGAACUACAAGAACUGCUCGCAGACGCAGCGGUCGUCCAAGUGGACGAGCAGCAGCUGCUCCUCCAAGGAGAAAAAGUCGCGGGCGAAGGAGGCGCCGGUGGCGGCCGUCACCUCGGGGCCUCCGCCCAAGGACGAGAACGUCACAAAGUUGGAGCUGGACGUCAAGCGACUGCGAGCCGACCUCAACUCGAGCCGGCAGACGGAGCAGGAGCUGCGCUCGCAGGUGUCCAACCUGGUCAUCCAGGAGCGCAACGCCCGCAACCAGCUGCAGCUGCUCCAGCUUGACAACGACAGUCUCCAGUCCAAGCUGCACAAUCUGGUAACGUGUCGGCAGCAGGACAAACAGACGGUGGUCACGCUGGAGAAGAAGGUGGCUGAAGAGAGGAAGCUUCGCCAGGGCCUGGAGUCUCAGCUGCAGCAGGAGAAGAAAAAGGUGGCGCAGGCGGCCGAGCAGGCGCCCCGCUGCACGGAGCAGUGUAAGGCGCGCCGCCGUGACCUCGAGGCCGAGACGCGCCAGCUGCGCCGCGAGAACAAGCAGUACGAGGACCGCGUGCGGUCAGCCGAGCGCGAGCUGCAGAGCCUUCACGAGAUCAAGGACUCGCAGAGCGACUCGGAGGUGCUGAUGUCGGCGCUGUCGGCCAUGCAGGAGAAGAACCAGUACCUGGAGAAGAACCUCUCCUCCGAGACGCGACUCAAGAUGGACCUGUUCGCGGCGCUGGGCGACGCCAAGCGAGAGGUGGAGAUAAACAAAACGCAACUGUCCGCCAAGGACCGCGAGAUCUCGGACCUGCAUGCCAAGCUGGCCGAUGUGCUGUCCGUGAUGCCUGGCCUCUCGUCGGCCGGCGUCUCGGGCGAUCACAACGGCUACGGCGGCAUCGAGCCAUACCCGGGCGCCAACUCGGACCUCUACGACCUCAAGAUGACGGCCGAGCCACCCAAGAGCCAGCUGGACCCCAACGCGGCCGCCUACACGCCCAAGAUGGCCUGAGGCGGCGGUCCGCUGCCUGGCCGGCCGAACCUUCCGUCUGCGCUGUACCUUCCGGGGCUGUGGGCGCCCGCUGCGGGCCGGGGCUCGGGUGCUGCCGCCCCCGCCGCCGCCGCCAGGGCGAGACGCCCGAGCCGGCGCCGGAGGAGUCUCACUGGGUCCGUCUUCUGUUCAAAAGUGAUGGGAGUCGACAAGAAUUAAUUCACCGAAACUGUUCGACCAAUCGAUUUGUGUUCGAUCUGGGGAAUUCGAAGAGUCGGAUGUCUACAUUUGGCAGCGGUUGUCUUGAAGCAUAAGUCGUUACCAUCCGAUAACAGUGGUUUCAAGUGUCUCCGCGUGGUGGCAGCACCGAUGCCCCGGCCCCUUCCGACCCGGCCCCGCGCUGGCUGAAGGGAAGAUCGCCAACCUUUGCAGACUUCGGUUUUGACGCAUAACACGCUUGUUCCGCUCGCUCGACAUUUGACGGCACGGUAUUUAACAGUAUUUGGGUUGUCUAACUUUGUUGAGCGGCCGUUGGCGGUAUCAGCUGCACCGGCGCGCGCGCCCGCCCCGGCCCUUGGAGCACUGGCAUAGUUUGCCCACCGGCAACGUACUGCUGUCCAGGUUUUACGUGAAUGUGAUAGAGGAUUUUCGAGAUUUCUCAUGUUGUGUUUCGUCAAGUAGCGUCUCGUUUCAGCCGUCUGAAGCCAAAACGCGAAAUUGCCGGCGGUGGUGCGAGGCUGGCGCCCGCCGCCGUUGGCCGACACCGCCGGGCACCGACUUUGUCUCGAUGUCUUUCAUUUAAUUUAUUCUCACAUCGGAAUCAUCGGUAGACGGCCGCGAGGCACGACUGGGCGCCGCGCGCCGGCCCGUCGCCAGCCGGCCGGCGGGGCGUGGCCGAGCGCACGGCAGUCGCGCUCCACUCCAAGGGCUUCGCCGGCACAGGGGCGUGCCGGAGUGGAGUCAGCUGUUAAAAGCAACUACUUAACCUCGGUUUGGCUCUGUGAGUCCGCGGCUGGCGGCUGGCGCCCGACCCGCCACGAAGGACGGGCGCCGCCGGCUUUGUGUUCUGAAUUAACCCAACAAGAGGUGUGCGCGCGCCAUGACGAGGAAGUGGGCCCGGUGGGCCGCCCUAGAUACAUGUGUUUGUUCGGUGUAGUUGGCUCGAUGUACUUGGUGUGAGAUUCAGACAGUCGGGCUCGACUCGCAGCGCUCCGCGCCCGCCCGCGAUGCCGCAAGGAUCUCCGCGUGUCCCACGGAAGGCGACGGAGUAGGUUUCUGGUCAGUUGAACGCUCUCUUGAUGUUAAUUGUAGCAUCGAAUAAAUUCUUGAUGGAGCGUUAAGCUCCGUGUCAGGC